GUCAUAUGUAAUAAAUUGUCAAAUAUUCCAAUCAUUAUUAGCAACGCAUUGCUUUAAAUUUUUUUUUUUGUGGGAUCUGGAUCGGAAUGCACUAAAUUGCGGAAUAUAUAUUAUCAGAUUAUGUGAUCAACAUGUGUUGAUUUGCGCGGCAGACGAAGUCGACAGUCGCGCCUUGUUAAUCUUUCAUGUUUGAAAGAAACUGGCGGAAAGAGUGAUGCAGUUUUUGGUGAUUUUUUGGUCGUUAGUUUGAUAAAUUAGUCCAUCAUUUUAUCCAGACAUGGAGAGUUUGUCGGACGUUAUUUUGUGUUGUCGCGAGCUCUCAAGUGAAAAGGCCACGGAAAGAAAAAAGAGUGUAGAGAAGCUGAAAAAUCUGCUGAAUAAAAAGUCUGUUGUAAGCAGUUUGGAUUUAAAUUCACAAAACAAGACUGGAGACAGGAACAUUCUCACUUGGGAUGGAAUUACUAGGGAAGCUCAUCAUUAUGUUAUCAUGGAAACCCAGUUAUUGCAGAAAGGGAAAGAAGCACAGUCAGCAACUGCCAAGGCCAACAAGGAGAAAAGGAAGCAAGAGAUUGGAGGAUUUUUCAAAUUUGUAGUGAAACAGGCAGAAAAAAGGGGACCAAAAUUAAAGGCAGUCCAGUUAAUAAAACAGAUAUUAGAGGUAAUGAGGGAUGGAUUUAUGCUGUCUGCAUAUGGUUUGGACUACAGCAAUAUACUGUUGAAAGAUGUUUUGACAGUCAGAAAGUAUUGUACAGAAAUCACAGAGAAGACUUGGCAUGACUUGAUUACUGUGUACUGUAAAUUGUUUGGGGACCCAGAUUGUGGUUUGGAUACAAUCUUGCUAUCCAGGAUCAUUCGGUUGCUGAUUUCCGCUGCUACUGUGCGCUGUCAACUCAGACCUAAGAAAUUCCUGUCAUUCUUCACAGAAGUCUUCAUGGACAUCAGGUAUUUUCUUCCUUUACUUGUCAUCACCAUCAUCACAUCACUAUCGCUACCAUCAUCAUCACCAAUAUCAUUUGUUUCAACUUUCAAGAUAAUCUUUUGUCCCCUUGCUUAA